UAUAACCCCAAAAGAACCAGAUUCUGUAAACAACAUAGAGGAAGAAUGAAGGGAAUAUCUUAUCGAGGUAAUGCUAUUUGUUUUGGUAAAUACGCUCUUCAGGCACUUGAACCCGCUUGGAUCACCUCUAGACAAAUAGAAGCAGGUCGACGAGCAAUGACACGAAAUGCACGUCGCGGUGGAAAAAUAUGGGUCCGUAUAUUUCCAGAUAAACCAGUUACAGUAAGACCCGCAGAAACACGUAUGGGUUCAGGUAAAGGCUCUCCCGAAUAUUGGGUAGCUGUUGUUAAACCAAGUCGAAUACUUUAUGAAAUGGGUGGAGUAACAGAAAAUAUAGCCAGAAGGGCUAUUUCAAUAGCAACGUCCAAAAUGCCUAUACGAGCUCAAUUCAUCAUUUCGGGAUAAAAAAGAAAUAGGCCUUGGGUAAAAAAAAUAGCGGGUGCGGGUUUCUUUUUUUGGACAAACAAUAUUUCUUUUUUUCUUCGACCUUUGUAUUGUAAAAAACAGAUAAAAAAAAUGAUAUGAUUCAACCUCCGACCCCAA